AUAGAGAGGAAGAUCCGGGAGUGCUGGGGCAGAUAUAGAACAUGGACACUUUGAUGAUGGGAUGACGGGACGCUUUAAGGGUGUUAGUCAAAAUAGCCAUGUGUGUGGCUGGAGUGCGCCUGUAGGCUGUAGUACGCCUAGAGUGUGCCCGUUGACGACUGAGCGGCGCGGGAAUCGUCUACUACCUGACGUGUGAGCCCCACGAGGGUGCAGAGCCUCAACUUUUUUGUACCGGGUACCUCGCGACUGGGGGAACAAAACCAACGACUGACCUACUCAAGCCACAACCCGAGGCCCAGACACCACUUGCAGAUGACCCCUGACACCAUGCCCGGGAAUGGACAGAUUAGACACCGCUGGGGCCAGGUCCACGGUGGUUCCAGGAUAGAACAGGGGGCAGGCAGACACCCUGCGGAGAUCCAGGUGGAUGGAUGGUCCUUGGUAGUUCGCCGCUGUGUGCGGUCGCCUCGGGUUGCAGCCUGCGCCGCCUGUACACGGUAUGGUCUGCAGUUGACGAUAGAGAUGCGAGAGGCCUAUUUCCAUUUUGACUGGUCAAGUCCAUCUCGAUGCCGGUCUACCUGGCUUGAAGACAUGGUCGCCUUGGCUGGCUUCUUUCACGAAUUUCCGCGAAGGGAGACUCGGGUCUCGGUCCCAGACGGUACCUCGGGCAGGCUUAAGCAGAUACGGUGCUGUGAAUGGAUAGAGAACCCCGAACUUGGCGUCCGAGUCCCCGAGCCUAGCGCUCGAGUUGCCGGCGUUUCGUGAGAGAAGCAAAGAAACCUUCGGCGGCAAUGAAUGGCAAUAUUGUCAAGCAUGAC